CGCACGCACACUCACACACACACACAGAGAGAGAGAGAGAGCCGGAGAGCGCGCGGAUGUUUUCCGCUAACGGGAGAGGAGACACGCGGCGGCUGUAGGUGACGAUGACGAUGAUGAUGAAGAUAACGAUGAUGAAACCCUGGUGUUUCCUCUUCUCCCACGCGCUGAGAAUCUGAACGUGGAGCGAGAAGGAGCAACAAGUGGAGCUGGAGCUGCGCGAGGAGCAGGAGGAGGAGGAACAACCGCACGAGCAGCAGAACCAGGAGGAGUCAUCAUGGAGGAGCAGAAGGAGGCUCGCAGCAGCAGCAGCAGGAGCAGCAGGAGCAGCAGGAGCAGCAGCAGCAGCAGCAGCGGCUCAGAGGAGGAGAACAUGUCCUUGUCUCCUCACCUCCCGUCCUCUCCUCCUCCUCCCAUGAUCCAGCUGGGCGCGCAGGUGGCGCACACUAGAACCACCAACUUCUUCAUUGACAACAUCCUGAGGCCGGACUUUGGCUGCGGCCGGAAACAGCAGCAGCAGCAGGAGCAGCAGGAGCAACAAGAGCAGCAGGAGCAGCAGGAGCAGCAGAGGGAGCAGAGGGAGCAGAGGGAGCCGGCCUUCAGGCUCCACGCGCCGGCCAGGGACAAGGUGAACCCGCUGCGCGUGGCGCGGCCACCGGUGUGCGUUCAGGACAGCAGCAGUGACAGCACCUCCUCCUCCUCCCCCUGCUCCUCCUCCUCCUCGUCCUCUCCUUCGUCCAAACUGAGCGCCGUCAAGCUGCAGGGAGACGCGGUCAGAGACAGAGACAGAGACCGGGACCGGGACCGGGACCGAGACAGGGACAGGGACGGAGGAGGAGCCGCGGCUCCGGGCAGCGGCGGUAAAGGAGGCUCCACGGAGAAGGAGAAGGAGAGUCAGCCGCUGCUGUGGCCCGCGUGGGUUUACUGCACGCGCUACUCUGACCGGCCUUCAUCUGUUGUUUCCACACCAGGCCCCAGGACACGCAAACUGAAGAAGAAGAAGAGCAGCAAGGAGGACAAGCGUCCGCGCACGGCCUUCACGGCCGAGCAGCUGCAGAGACUGAAGGGCGAGUUCCAGGCCAGUCGCUACAUCACGGAGCAGCGGCGCCAGGCGCUCGCCCAGGAACUCAACCUCAACGAGUCCCAGAUUAAGAUCUGGUUCCAGAACAAGAGAGCCAAGAUUAAAAAGGCCAGCGGCUACAAGAACGGCCUGGCUCUGCACCUCAUGGCCCAGGGACUUUACAACCACUCCACCACCACGGUGCAGGAGGACAAGGAGGACAGCGAGUGAACCUCUCACAUAAUCUCAUCCUAAUCUCAUCCUAAUCUCAUCUGCUGCUGCUGCUGCUGGACCUUUGUACAAACCUGGAACUAAAGUGAACUCAUGUGGAGUAAAAAAAAAAAAACAACAAACAGACACUAUUUAAAAAGACAGAUUUCUGUUGAUGCUAACAGUAUAUGAACAUUAUUAUUAUUAUUAUUAUUAUUAUUGUUAUUAUUAAAGUUUAUAUAGCCACACACGUAUCAUGUUGUACACGUUAUAUUUCAUUCUCACACUUCCUGUGGUCGUCCUUCCUGUUUCCUGUUCUUCAUCGUCCUCGUCUUCAUCACCGCAGACUCAGCCAAGCCAAAGAUUUUAAUAAUGUUCUCGUGUCGUCUGAAAUAAAACAGAGAAACGUC